AUGUCCAGUACUGCUCUGUUGCGGGCAACCCCCCUGGCGCUGGCCCUGCCGCGCGGUGCAACGGCCACCGCGCUGCGUCUAACGGUUAAAUCCACCGGAAGACUGUUCCACCAACAACUGUCCCCCUCGUUGGUGAAACUGCACUCAGAAUUGAAGCUGGAUGAACUGCAGACGGAUAACACGCCAGAUUACGUGCGUCUCGUGCUUAGAUCAUCUGUCUAUGACGUUAUAGACGAAUCACCAAUGUCCCACGGUGUCGGACUCUCAUCGCGUCUCAACACAAACGUUCAACUGAAGAGAGAGGAUCUGCUGCCUGUGUUCUCCUUCAAAUUGCGUGGUGCUUACAACAUGAUGGCGAAAUUGGACGAUACACAGAAAAACCAAGGUGUCAUCGCUUGUUCUGCUGGUAACCACGCACAAGGUGUUGCCUUUGCUGCCAAACAUUUGGAUAUCCCAGCGACAAUCGUCAUGCCCGUGUCCACCCCAUCGAUCAAAUACCAAAACGUCUCCAGGUUGGGGUCCCAAGUCGUGCUAUACGGUAACGACUUCGACGAGGCCAAAGCAGAGUGUACUAAACUGUCAAAGGAACGCGGUCUAACGAACAUCCCACCGUUCGACCACCCAUACGUCAUUGCUGGUCAAGGUACAGUCGCCAUGGAGAUAUUGAGACAGGUCCACAUUGCAAACAAGAUUGGCGCAGUCUUUGUCCCCGUCGGUGGCGGCGGACUUGUCGCCGGUGUAGGUGCCUACUUGAAGAGAAUCGCACCUCAUAUCAAAAUCAUCGGUGUUGAAACUUUCGAUGCGUCCACUUUAUACACGUCUUUGCAAAGGGGAAGGAGAACAUCAUUGCCAUCAGUGGGUACUUUCGCAGAUGGUACUUCAGUUAAAUUGAUCGGUGAGGAAACUUUUAGAAUUUCUCAAGACGUCGUCGAUGAAGUCGUAUUGGUAAACACGGACGAAAUUUGUGCCGCGGUAAAGGACAUUUUCGAGGAUACAAGGAGUAUCGUCGAACCUUCAGGUGCGUUGGCUGUGGCAGGUAUGAAGAAGUACAUCACGCACUUACACCCAGAGAUUGAUCACUCCAAACACACUUACGUGCCAAUCCUGUCAGGUGCCAACAUGAACUUCGACAGACUGAGGUUUGUGUCCGAACGUGCCGUCCUCGGUGAGGGCAAAGAGGUGUUUUUGUUGGUCACCAUCCCAGACGUGCCAGGAUCGUUUAAGAAAUUGCAGAAGAUUAUUCACCCAAGAGCGGUUACCGAAUUCUCGUACCGUUACAACGAACACCGUCACGAAUCGACAAGCGAUGUGCCAAAGGCAUUCAUCUACACCUCGUUCAGCGUGGUCGACCGCGAGAAAGAGAUCAAGCAGGUCGUGCAGCAAUUGCACAGUAUCGGCUUCGAAGCUGUCGACAUAUCUGACAACGAACUAGCAAAGUCUCAUGGGAGAUAUUUGGUAGGAGGCGCAUCCAAGGUUCCUAACGAAAAAAUCAUUUCAUUCGAGUUCCCAGAGAGACCGGGUGCCCUGACGAAGUUUUUACAAGGGUUGAGUGAGUCAUGGAACCUAACUAUAUUCCAUUAUAGAAAUCACGGUGCCGAUAUCGGGAAAGUGCUGGCUGGUGUGUCUGUUCCACCAAAGGAAAACUUGACUUUCCAAAAGUUCUUAGAAGACUUGGGAUACAAGUACUGUGAUGAAACAGAUAACAUGGUUUACCAAAAGCUACUGAAAUACUGA